UGUAAGUUAUAAUAUUACUAUUUGACAUAAGUAUGUUUAUAGAAAUUUUUACAUACAUUAUGCUUGUAAUAUUUGUAUUUUUUUAGUAUACCAUGUCUGCUAUCAGUAUGAAUUCGGGAAACAUUGAAUAUGAUGCUGCACAGGCCCUUUUGGAUUUACAAAGCAAUAUAAGAGAAUCAAGUACAAGUCAGUCUAGUAUAACACCACGAUUCCAACCUAAAGAAGACAUGGAAAGAGCAGCAAAACUGUUCUUGAGCUGUAUUAUAGCAUCUAACCCACCUACUCCCGCUUCUGUCCCCGAAUCACUGUUAGAAAAUAAUAAUAACACAAACAGCGCCGCUACUAUCCGCUUUCCCGCCGCAUUAAAAAAGGAUGCAAGUCAUGAACGUAACAUUGAUACAAGAAGAGCAAAAGAAAAAAUUGCAAAAUUUUACCAUAAAAAUCCACAACGAGGUCCAGAGUCGUAUAAAAGAAAAGAAACGAUCGAUACAACGACGCUUAAAAUUCAACAUUUUGAAACUAUACGUCCUAAAACUACAAUAGAAAAUUCUAACUUACAGCAAAAGAUAAAAACUCGUGAUAUAGCUACUCAAACGGACGAUUACUAUCAAUUACCUCAAAUAGAAAAUAUGGAAGCAACCAUCAAAAGUUUAAGUGAAAAAAUUAAAUCGUUAGAAGCGCAAAUUGAAAGGACUAAAUCUCAAAAAAUAAUUCAUGGGGAUGAUAAAACUACCUCGGAAGCUGAGAUGGAAAUCGAUGAGGACGAAAUAUCUUCAUAUGAGCAAAGUUCAAACGAUUUAGACACGACUCUGGACAAAACUUUUACCAAAAAUUCUUCAUGUCGUGAAAGAAGUAACAGCAUCGGAAAAAGAUCAAAAGAAGAAACUUCCUGCAAAGUGUUAAAGAAUCACAACGUAAAUACUAAAUCUAACGAAAUAGUUCCAAUUGGCGAUGGACAUGCAUCAGUCCCAUCAAGACUGCUCAGGCACAUCAAUUGGAAUUCUUAUACGAGUGCUACACGAAAAUUAUUGACCGCUGUAUUCUCUCGCAGGAUAUUAGCCACGCAUUCCCUUACUGGAAAACCAUCACCUGCGUUUCCAAAUAAACCGGCAAAGAAAAAAUUAGAUCCUGCUUUAGUUAAUGACAUCGUACAAACCGUUGUAGAAAAAUGCUGCGUGCCUGAAAACGUAGUACGGACUAGCAUAACUACUAAGUGUGCCGAUGAAAGCAAAAUGUACCGCACUCGCCAGAAAAAUGUAAAGAAACGCAAACACAAGGUGAACAGAGAGAAUAUUCCACCCGAUACAUCAGAUUCAGACGAAUUUUGAUUUUCCAAGAAGAUAUUUAUAUGGAAUAUUCCUAGCUAUGUCUGCUAGUUAAAGUGGUUUAUAAGGUAGUUGGUCAUUUAGACUUUAAUAAAUAGCGUGCAUGCUUUAGCGCCGUUUAACUCCGCCACUUGGGUGUACUACUCUUUCCCAAUGCCAGUCUCAAGCCUGGAAAAGAGGAGGAGAGGGCGGCCGCUCUCCCGUUCACAUCAGAAUGUGGUUAUAAUAGUACCGAUAACAUAUCUUGAACUUUUGAGUAGAUUCUUAUUUAUGUUUCAUUAUUAUUACUGUAAAUAGGUUUGUUCAUUACUCUACUUUUUAUAUAAUAGUAUAUUUUUUUAUUUGUGUAAAUCUUAGACUAUAUAGAAAGGAAGCGCGAUGUGUAAUAGGCACAAUGGUUACAAAAAAAUCAUUGUAAGUACUAUACGCAUAAGCAAUUCGUUAUAUUUUUAUAUGAACACAAAUUUUCAAUGCUUGUCAGUUUUACGAAAGCUUAUAUAAGUUUAUAAAUGUAUGAAUGAUUUAAUCUUAUAUCUUUGGCACAUGUAAUAACAUACAAGCCGUGUCCUUUAUAUAUUGUCUACGGUGUAAAUAACCAAUUUUAGAUACAAUGUAAAUAACAUUAUUCUGUAAUAAACGGAGCCAAG